AUGGCAGCUCCGGCGGCGCAGCCGCCGCCAAAGACCGUCCUGCGGGUGGCGGCGAUCUCCGGCUCGCUGCGCAGGGCGUCGGCCAACACCGGCCUCAUCCGCGCCGCCGCGGAGAUCUGCGGGGAGUCCAUCCCGGGCCUGCACAUCGACCACGUCGACAUCUCGGAGCUGCCGCUGCUCAACACCGACCUCGAGGCCGGCGGCCGGUUCCCGCCGGCCGUCGAGGCGUUCCGCGACAAGGUCCGCGCGGCCGAUUGCUUCCUCUUCGCCUCGCCCGAGUACAACUACUCCAUUUCAGGGCCUCUGAAGAACGCGCUGGACUGGGGAUCACGGCCGCCCAACUGCUGGGCCGACCGAGCCGCGGCGAUGCUGAGCGCGUCGGGCGGCUCCGGCGGCAACCGGUCGCAGUACCACAUCCGGCAGGUCGGGGUGUUUCUUGACAUCCACUUCAUCAACAGGCCGGAGGUCUUCACCAAGGCACACCUGCCCCCGAGAAAGUUCGACGCGGACGGCAACCUCAUCGACUCGGAGACCAAGGAGCAGACGAACGGUGGUGCUCUGCUCGUUAGAUGGACUGAGCAGAUCGUCACAAACUCCAAAUGCGAAAGCCAUAUACUGGUUGAUGCUCCAUGA